GCAAAAAUGCCGAUUUGCAAACAUUCUUUUUUGUUGUUUGGUUGUAUUAUUAUCUGAACGUCAUUCUCUGAUUGACGAUCAAAACUACUGUGUGUCUGCACUCCGUACUCUUUGCAUACUUAUUUUGAAUGCACAUAAUUCGAUGUACCGCUAACAUAUUCAGUCAAAUUUGUCUAAAAAAAAAUAAUAAUUUGACCACACGAUAAAUUUGUAGUUUUUUAUUUGUGUAUUAACAAAUAAAUCAACUUCAACCGGUUUGAUUUGGUUUGGAAUUAACGAAGAACAAAACAAAAAAAAAACAAGUGUACAUUGAAUAGUUUCAUCUCCGGCAAAUUUCAAGUGGUAUUCGCGCAGAAUGGGUGGAAAAAAGAAUCAAAAAGAAGAUGCCAACGUCAGUUCAGCCGAAUCGGUGCAUUCAUCUGAUGGUGCCGAAGUGGAAGCAGAAGAAGAAGAAGACUAUGUUGUCGAGAAAGUGCUUGAUAAACGCACUAAAGCGGGCAAAGUCCAAUAUUAUAUCAAAUGGGAAGGCUAUAGCGAGGCGGAAAGCACAUGGGAACCGGUCGCAAAUCUUAAUUGUCACGAAUUGAUUGCUGAAUAUGAGAGGAAGUUAAAAAAAGAUGAAGAUAAGAAACAAAAGGAGCGUCGAUCAACCAAAGAAAAUGUUAAAGAGAAGUCCAAAGAACGUGAAAAAGACCAUGGCAAAAGUGACAAGGAGCGUAAGAAACGCGAUUCGUCAACAGUAUCGGAGGAUAUUGAAGUAACGGACAAAGAAAAGGAAAAGCGAAAGUCAUCGUCACGCAAACGUGUUAUUUUAUCCUCCGAUGAAUCAGAUGCCGAAAAAGACGAUCACAAACAAAAAAAUGACAAUGAAAAGGGAAAGAAGAAGGACCCACAAAAGAAUGACAAUGAAAAGGCAAAGAAAAAGGACGCGCAAAGUGAAAGCGAUCAAAUAGAAAGCGAACGCGAGGAAGAACGUGAAAAGAAACGGGAGGAAGAACGUGAAAAGAAGCGCGAAGAAGAACGUGAAAAGAAACGUGAGGAAGAACGUGAAAAAAAGCGCGAAGAGGAACGUGAAAAAAAGCGUCAGAAAGAGGAGCGUGAAAAGGAACGUCAGAAAGAGGAAAAAGAAAAAGAAUUGUCCCGAAAACGUGAAAAAGAAAGAAAAGACAAGGAAAAUCGUGAAAACUUAUCGAAAUCAAAGCAGAAUGGUAUUUCUGACGACGAUGAUGACGAUGACUCUUCAAUGGAAAUCACGGAAAUCAAAGGAUCUGAAACAAAACCCAAACUGAAAAGAAAUUCAGCAGAAAAAAAUGGUAACUCCGGUGGCUCGCCACCAAAACAAACCAAACUAACUAAUGGUAUUUCACAAACGCCUGAUCCAGUUCGACGCGAAAAAACCCGCAAAAGUCUCGAAGUUAGCGUCAAAAAACGUGGCAAAAAUGACGAAAAGAAACGUGAAAAAUCGGUGAAAAAAAGCGAUGGUGAAAGUGAUGAUAUGGACGACGAAAGGGAUGACGAUAUUGGAACCGUAGAGCUUGGCUUCGAAUUUGGUCAUAAAGCUGAAUCGAUCUUAGGCGCUUCGGACGGACGUGGUGAUUUGGAAUUUCUAAUAAAAUGGCAAGGUUUUGAUAAGGCAACACUCGUUCCAGCAAAAGUUGCCAAUUCUAAAUGCCCAGACGUUGUCAUCGCAUUCUAUGAAUCGCGUCUAACUUGGAAUUCUGAUCAUGAAUAGAUGCAUCCUCAUACAACCUCUCAAACCAAUUUUUUUCAUGCUAAUUAUUUUCAUUUAUUAUGCCUAUUGUAUGGGCGACAUCAAUAUGAUUUUUUUCUGUUUCACAAAUAAUUUUACAUUUAACAAAAACAUAUAUAUAUUCGAUCAAGACUAUUAAUAUCGAAAAUCUAAAUAUCUAACUACAGAACAAACCGGAACAAUUACAAAUAGAAAACUAGAGACUUGUGCUAUUCUUGUGUACGUUUCCUUAUCAUUUAAAAUUGAACCACAGAAAAAAAACAAACGACUAUUAACAAAAAAAAAGUUGAACAAUAAAAUUAAGUUUGAGUUGUAUUUUAGUAUAACUUAAGAAAAAAAUGAAGUGAUAUUUCUAAAUUAAAAUGGUCAUUGUACCGAAAGAGAAACAAUAUAUGGA